ACAAGACGGGGGACGAUGAAGCUGAAGAUCAUCUUCUUCACUGGGAUGAUUUUAUCUGCUGCUGAAGGACAGAAGAACCUGACGGGUGUCGUUGGACGAAGCAUCACUCUGCCCGACUCUAUGAUGGAGAGAGGAUUUCUUUCACAUAACAGAACAAUCGUUGCUUUUGUGUCUAAAAAUAAAUUUGAGAUACAAGAGAAAAUCUACACAGACAAACUUUACUGGGACGAUAAAACUGGAAAAUUUACCAUUAAAAACCUGCAGAAGAACGACUCAGGACUUUAUGUACUAGACUCUAAAGAAGGGAAUGUUUUCAGGUCAGAUUAUCGUCUCAUGGUGUACGACGCUGCUCCACCUCCUGCAGUGAGGAGACUGAACAGCCCUGACGGAUGCUUGUUGGAGUGUCGGGUGGAGGAAAAGACGGAGCUGUCGUGGUACAAAGACGAGCAGAUCCUGAAGCAGAGCAGCUCUGGUCCCUCUCUGCUUCUCACUGUGCAGGAACAGGACUUCAGCUCCUCUUAUAGAUGUGUUGCUGCAAACCCUGCAGAAAGUAAAACUCUUCCAGUCGACGUUAGAACAUCCUGCAGAGAAGAAAACCUCCGAGAGGACACAGGUGGCAGCAGUUCAGGUUCCUGGUGGUUCCUGGUUCCCAUGGCUGUGUUUGGAUGUGUUGUUGUUGUUUGUGUGUUUGUGACAAACAUGAAGAGAAGCAAAGAGACUGAGAGGACUUCACUGUCAGACCUGAACUCAGGCCCCGACUCUGCUGAAACACCAGCAUGA